AUGUCAUCACCAACGAACGCACAGGCCCGAAAACGGGCAUUCAGCGAGGUCGAGGAUCACAAUAUACCAAAGCCUGAAACACACAAAAUGCAACGAGUUGGCAACGGAGAGCAGGAGAAUCAAUAUCCUUUACAUUGCGAUCAUGACAUGGAUAUUGACAAACCCAUAGUAUCGGUCGCCAACACGGCCACAAAUAAGACUACAGACAUACCUGCACUUGCGAACCAAACCUCGCAAAUAAUAACAACUGAAUCCGCUCCACUAAUAACGCCCUCUUCCGUUACGACUGUUCCUAUUGUCCCCUCAACUCCUCCUCGCCAGCAACCGCAACCAUCCUCUGCCGCUGGCGCUGCAGCAAACCCUCCAAACAAAAAAUUGAAGCUGUCACCAUCUACCAAGGAGACCAAACGAAAGGAGAAGGAGGAGAAGGACCGUCUCAAACUCGAGGAGAAGGCCAAGAAAGAUGCAGAAAAGAAGGCUAAAGAAGAAGAAAGGAAGAAAAAGGAGGCGGAGAAAGAAGAAGAAAGAAAGAAGCGAGAGGCGGAGCGUGAGGAGAAGAAGAAGCAGAAGGAAGAAGAAAAACAAGCCAAGGAAGAAGAGAAGCGGAAGAAAGAGGAGGAAAAGGAGAAGAAGGAACGAUCACAAAUGAGACUCAAUGCUUUCUUCUCGAAGCCAGCCGCCGCCGUAACAAAAGCAGCCAGUCCAGUACCCUCGUUCCCACAGAAGGAAGCCGUUCGAGAGACCGCAAACCCAGAGUCACCUGCAAAGCCACAGAGAACACAGUCCGAGUAUCGUAAAGAAUUUCCAGUCUUUUUUCUCCAGAGCCAUACACAUAUCUCUCCGCCUCAUCAGUUUCAGCGCGAUGGCGAGGCAUUGAACCAUAUCCAGCAAAAACUUGAUAGUUAUUUGAAACAACCAAUCUCUCUUCCUGCAUAUCGUGGUGCGGAGUUAUUUGACAUGAUUCCAUAUCAACGCCGGAGGGGAAUGAGGGUCGUUCCGGUGAAGACGAUCUUGUCCAAGGCUCAAAACGCAGACUCCACUGCCUCAAGUACGGCAUUGAGAGACGAGCUCAAGAAAGUGACAAUGAAGAGUUUAAGAUUCGGAGAAGACGUACGACCAGCGUACUACGGCACAUUCACUAAACAACUAUCGAGGGCCCAAGCUCAUAAGGUCUGCCGUGCUCCAUAUGCUCGUGUCCUGCCAGAAAUCAAUUAUGACUAUGAUUCGGAGGCUGAAUGGGAGGAGCCAGAGGAGGGUGAAGAUCUGGACUCGGAAGGAGAAGAGGAUGCAAGUGACGACGGUGAAGAUGAUAUGGAUGGAUUUCUUGACGAUGACGACGAGCCGAUCGACAGCAGAAGACGUCUCAUCGUUGGUGACCAGGAACCUAUUUGCACAGGUAUCAGGUGGGACGAUGGUAAACAUGUUGAUCCAGACAUGGAGAUCUAUCGAAUCGAGGCUUUAUCAGAUACUCUCCAAUUUCCUAUAGAUCCGUUCUCCACUGCUUACUGGCCGAAGCCAAAGGCAGUAGAACAGCCUGCACCCAAAGCAUCUUCAUCCUUGCCCCAUGCCCGAGCUACCCUUCACGCCUUUGGUGUCAAUUCAACAACAACUCAUACAUCAUCUCCACUUGCACCACCAGUUCGUCCAGUCACGAUUACCGACAGUAAAGCCCUGCCGAAAGCAAAGAAACCUUUCCCCCCUGAACAUAUGGAAGAAUUUAAGCAGAUCGUUGAGGGUUGUGACUUGAGCAAGGCUGGAUUAAUUGAGGUUCUCAAGAAGCGAUUUCCUAAGAUUUCUAAGGACACACUUAAAGACACUGUCAACGCAGUUGCCGUCCGUGUUGGUCAGAAAGAAGCAGAUAAGAAAUGGACCUGCAAAUGA